CGGACGGUUUUAAGUGCGGGACAAAUGCUUUUGACAUUGCUGGAAAGGGGAGGGACGAAAACAAACUGUUAAACAACGUGUUACGGAGUAAAACUCACAGAUUCACGCUUUACAGUCACAAUAUUUUACUAUUGUGACUUUUAGCGGAAUCAUGUAUCGGCGACCCCUGCAGUCGGCCGUCAGACAUUUAUUAAACGCUUCAGGAUCAAACGCUGUCAUCGGAAAGGCCAUUGAACAAAAUGUAUAUCAGGUCAGGGCUUUGGUGGCUUGCCGGAUCACAGCAGGUGUCCUGAGUCAAUGUCGAGCACUUCACAGUACAAGCAAGUUGUGUGCUGUCAAAGAGACCGCACAGGCCACAGAAGAAGAGGUGGGGGCUUUUACCAGAUUGAUUGAGGCCAUGGGCUUCACCGGACCACUUAAAUAUAACAAAUGGAAAAUUAAGAUAGCCGCCCUGCGCAUGUACACCUGCUGCGUAGAAAGAAUCAACUAUGACGAUUUUUUUGAAAAGUGCUCUCUGCCUGACACGCUCAACUCCUGGUUCCUCGUGGCACAGCUCCAUGUUUGGAUGUGUUUGGUCCGGAUGCGACAGGAAGGCAGGGCUGGAAAAUACAUGUGCCGUUACAUCGUCCACUCCAUGUGGGAGGAUGUGGAGCAAAGGAGCAAGAUUAUGGGGAUCGAUGCCAUUCAGAGAAAAGAGAGCAUGAAGAUGAUGACAGAGACGUUCUACGCUGCUAUUUUUGGUUAUGAUGAGGGGAUUCUGUCGGACGAUUGCGUCCUGGCCGCAGCGCUCUGGAGAAACCUGUUCAACAGACAGUGUGAAGACCCCAGACAGCUGGAACUGAUGGUCGAAUACGUCCGCAAACAGAUGCAGUUCAUUGAUGCUCUGGAUGGUGAGGACCUUCUAUUAACAGGAGAAGUAAAAUGGCGCCCCCUGGUGGAGGAAAACGCACAGAGCAUCCUUAAAGUUUCAUCUCCAACCUACAACGAUACCGGCCUCUAAGCGUCACCUCAAAGAAACUAAGUUACCUUGAGCUGCUAGUCAGGACACCAUCUGUCAAUCAGGAAGCAGCCACGCCCCCUUUCCUUUCUAUAUCUUUGUCUCCCUCACCUUUCUUAAUUUUAACUACAGGUUAGUCAGCUUCCCACGUCAUCAUGCUGUUGGGAAAAAUCAUACAUAUAUUCACACGCACACACACAUUUGUUCACAUAUACAUUGAGAGUAUUAAAGACUCAUCAGAAUGGUUUUGCACUCAUUUUUUCUAAUUAGUUUAUUUAUAUGUUUAUUUGUAGUAUGGCAAGAUUAAUAUUUAUAGCAAGAUUUUCUGGCGCUUUCACUGAACCUCUCAAGGUUUUAGUGCAGACGGUUGUUUUUUACUUUACUCUCAACGUGUUCAAGGAAAAUGUUUCGAGUGUGUGUGAAUGUGUUUUUGUCAGUGUUGUCAACCAAUAAAAGCUUUUCUUACCUCAAUGAAAACGCAA